GGGAUGUUCGAGUUCCUCAGCAACCAGAUGAGAGAUGAGCAGGGGCGGCUGGACAGCACGCGGGGCCUCAUCUGCGGGCUGGGCGCCGGCGUGGCCGAGGCCGUGGUGGUGGUCUGCCCCAUGGAGACCAUAAAGGUGAAGUUUAUCCAUGACCAGUGCUCCCCCAAGCCCAAAUACCGCGGCUUCUUCCACGGCAUCCGGGAGAUCGUUCGGGAACAGGGGCUGAAGGGGACCUACCAGGGCUUAACCGCAACCAUCCUCAAGCAAGGAUCAAACCAGGCCAUACGCUUCUUUGUCAUGACCUCCCUCAAGAACUGGUACAAAGGGGACGAUCCCAACAAGGUCAUCAACCCCUUUGUCACGGGGGUGUUUGGAGCCCUUGCCGGAGCUGCGAGCGUCUUUGGCAACACCCCCUUGGACGUGGUGAAGACCAGGAUGCAGGGGCUGGAAGCGCACAAGUACAAGAGCACCUGGGACUGUGCCUACCAGAUCAUGAAAUACGAAGGGCCCCUGGCGUUUUACAAGGGUACGGUGCCUCGCCUGGGCCGUGUCUGCCUCGAUGUGGCCAUCGUCUUCGUCAUCUACGAUGAGGUGGUCAAGUUCCUCAACAAGGUGUGGAAAACGGACUGA